AUGAAUAAUAAAAUCCGAAUUCUUUUUGCUAGAAACCCUCCAGAUGCCUUUGAUGAAUGUCGUCAUUUUCCAACUUUAAAACCAAGUGUUGAAUGUCCAUUUCCAGGAUGGUGUGUUGAGAUUAUUAGUUAUUUAACUGAAUAUUUAAAAUUAAAAAUUGAACCAUUUAUUCUUAAUAAUCAAAUUGGUGAAUUAAAUUGGGGAUCUCAUGUAAGUAUUUUGAAAAAUUUUUUAAAUUUAAUUUUAAAGGAUAAUGGUACUUGGAAUGGAGUUUUAGGGUUUAUUCAAAACAAUACUGUUGAUACAGCCUGUCUUUUCUUUCAACGUACCCAACUUCGUGCCGAACAUUUUUCUUUUUCCUAUCCAAUAACAAAUGUAAAACCAACUUAUGUUGUUCAUAGUCAACAUGAUGAAUGGAAUAUUUGGAAUGCAUUUAUGCCUUAUUCUCCUUCUACUUGGUUUUCAAUGGGUGUUAUGUUAAUCCUGCAAACCUUGUUUUGUCUUUAUGUGGCUAAAUUAGAAGUAAGAAUUGGGCGUCGUAACCAAUUAGAACCUUUUCAAAUAUUUUGGAAAAUAAUUCGUUUACAAUUGUAUCAGCCAGACAGCUUUGAUUUUCGAACAGCUGGGGGAAAUUUUGCUAUACUUAUUUUUACAAUAAUGCAAUGCCGUCUUCUACUUGAUAUGUACCAAACAUUAUUAUUAUCGGCACUUUUACAGCCAGUGGCUGAUAACCCUUUUAGAGAUGCUCGAGAAAUGGUUAGAUUAAUUGGAAGUCAACGUUUUAAAUUAAUUACUAAUUAUAUUGGAAAUUGGUAUUUUGAAGAACUCCACAAUUCUAACGUUUCUCAUUAUCGUUCUUUGCGGCUUGCAAUUGCUCAAAAUCCAAUUCAUAUAGCUAGUACAGUUCCUAAGGCGUUAGAUAAAGUUUUAAAAGGUGGCUAUAUUUAUCCAAUACAAGAGGAUAGUAUUGGAAUGCAAAUGGCUAAAGAAAGAUAUUUUCAUUCAAAUUUCAAAUUAACCAAAGAAAAUUUUGAUAAUAAUUAUUUGACUAAAAACUUGACAGAAAGAAUUGGUCAUCAUUGUAAAGAAGAAUCUUCAUUUUCUUCUUAUUUAAAUCAUAAAGGUAGAUGGCACUUUGGAAUUAAUGGAAUUGAAUUAAAACCUUUGGGUAAAAAAAUAAAUUUAUCCUUUAAAAACAAUUUAAAAAUAGAUUUUGGUUCUAUGUUUGGCGUUAUGUUGGUAGCGCUUUUAGGCCUUUUACUUUCAUUUUUGGCUUUUUGUGCCGAAAUUUAUUAUAAUAGAAAGAAGAAACGUUUAAUGUUUCGAUUACGUAUGAGAAGAGCAUUAGCAGAACAAGCACAUUUGACUGCUGCUGCUCAAGUAUUUGUUAAGCAAAGUAUUCAAACAAAGAUAGGAGAUCGGUUACAAUCUCCGACAAUUGGCGAAAUUCAUGCAUGUUUUGGGGAAAUAUAUAUUUAG